AUGACUCGAAAGAAGGCAAAGAACGUCUUCUUCUCGACGCCCCGCUUGUUGGCCGAACGAUCGUUCAGCAUACAUUCCAAUGCAAACGGCACUCACUACAAGGUAGUGAUGGAUCCCAGCUCUGACCCGACGGUGAUUGCCGUCUUCGCCGCGCUCGGCACCCUCGUGGGCUAUCUUGGCACCGAGGUGGCGUCGGCUUCCAUCUUCGACCGACUUCUCUGGCCGACGCGCUACUACAGCUCGGCUUGCCCGACCUCGCUGAUGUGGAUGGCCUUGAUGAUGCCCAUGGGCGGGCCCAUCCAUAAAGCGGCUGUCGAGGCGCUUGAUCGGUUGGUUGCCGCCGGCCUGUGGCGCGGCUACUGCCGUGGCGACAUGCUUGGCACCGUCUUCUACAAGAAUCGUGGCUACAAGUACGUCGUGCACCCGGCCGGUGCUACGGGGCGCGAGCUUAAAGACGCUCGUGACGCGUUUUGGAUCACGGUCUUGGAGCUCGUGCCAUGGCCACACCAGGUACCGCCGCCCCUAGAGCCCAACUGGAGGCAGGACUCGCUCGCCGCAGCGCAGCGUGUGAAGAAGGUCUUAGCGCAGCGACCCUUUUUCGAGCUCGAACUCACGAGGGAAGAAGCUGCGGGUGCUGCUGUCCAUGGAACCGGGAGACCUGUGGGCCAUCCGCUCCCCAUAUUGACAGGCGACAACAACCAACUGAAACUGACGCAUAUCCUCGGCAUUUUGGCGAGCGAGUCCAUCAGUGUCGUUUUUGGGGUCGCCACGGCUGUGACUUGGAAGAGCCCAUUCGCUGCGUGGUACUUUGUGCCUCUUCUUCUCAAGCUCGGUAGCCUCCUCUCUCGCGUCGGACGGCAACCCGUAAAGGGACCAGAGGAUAUGGACUCGCCUGGAGACGAUGGAGAACUGACCCUAUUCGAGGUGGCUGACUACUCUAAGGGUUUCUUUCUCAUUACAGGACCGAGGCACCUAGUAUACCAGUUCUGGCACCAUUACGGCCACCCCGUCCGUAACAACCCCGGCCUUCACUGGGAUAAGACGGCAUCACUCUCUGAAAAUAUAAACAACCUCAUCGGCGAUCGCACGCGGGAGGUGCUGUCCAUGCUCACCGUCAUCGCCUUCAUCUUUGUCUACCCCGCCGGCCUAAUUACAUUCCUCUUCGCGUCGUCCGGCAUCCAGUGGGUUUGGCUCGGCUACCAACUCAUCGCCAUGGCCGGUAUGCAUGUAUAUCGCUUCUUCGGCGGUGAGCACCGCGGAUCGACCCAGGAGCGACUCGCCAACGAACUUAGCUGCCAAGGGCUUGUAUGUUUCGACGAUGGAUCUGAGCACCGACUUCUCGCACGUCUACAAACUGACGUUGUUGACUCUGUGGCGGCUGGGCGGGGCCGGCUGUCGUAUCGCAUUGCGGAGUUCCUAGCUACUCACACGCGCCAUGACACGCAUACUACCGAACAGUGA